AUGUUGUUAUUAGGUUUAGCAGAUACAGCUAAAAAAAACUUUGGUGGUGGAAACACUGCUUGGGAAGAGAAGACGCUGUCAAAGUAUGAGUCCAGUGAAAUUCGUCUUGUUGAGAUCAUAGAGAAUCUGUGUGACAGUAGUAACUUCGAAUGUAACAACAUGGUGGAAGAACAUGAAGAACUUAUAGAGAAAUGGUGGUUCAAAUUAAAGAAGAAGUAUCCAGAUUUGUUUAAGUGGUUUUGCAUUGAAACAAUAGAAGUUUGCUGUCCUGCUGGAACUUAUGGACCAGAUUGCCUUGCUUGUCAUGGUGGAUCAGAGCGACCUUGCCAUGGAAACGGCCACUGUGACGGUGAUGGUACCCGAGGUGGAGAUGGCUCAUGUAGCUGUAAGAAGGAGUACACGGGACAAUUUUGUUUGGACUGUUCUAGUGGUUACUUCAGUUCCUUGAGAAAUGAGACACAUUCUGUUUGCACAGCCUGCCAUGCUUCCUGUAAGACUUGUACUGGUUCAAGUAACAAGGACUGCCAAGACUGUAAAGAAGGCUGGAUUAAAAAUGAAGGUGGAGCUUGUGUGGACUUAGAUGAAUGUGCUGCUUCUCCUUGCAAAGAUCACCAAUAUUGUUUGAACACAGAUGGAUCUUUCUCAUGCAAAGCAUGUGAUGCCAGCUGUGUCGGUUGCACAGGAGAAGGUUCUGAAAAGUGUAAGACCUGUGCAUCUGGAUACAUGAAGGAAGAUGAGAAGUGUACAGAUAUAGAUGAGUGUAACCUUCCUGAAAAGGUCUGCACGAAAGAGAAUCAAGACUGUGUUAAUACAUCAGGUAGUUACAAGUGUGUAUGUUCAGAAGGGUUUGAAGAUAAGGAUGGAACCUGUGUUCAAACUGUAAAACCAGGAGAGGAAGAGAGUGAAACAACUGAGCCUUCACAUACUGAACAUGUUGACUUAUGAUCUGCGUUCAGAACCAAAAGACAUUCCUAUCUAAAGUUUUAAAUUAUUGGACUAAGCCUCUGCUAGCUGACAUGCUGUGGAAGUGGUAUGAAAUACACAGGUUGCCAUUAAGACUUUGUUUUUUCAAUGGUGACAACCUGCUCUUUAAGCUGCAUUUCUUUUUUCUUAAAUCCCACUUUUUAUAUAAUUCUUCAAAAACAGCACUCUAGAUGGGUUACUAUAAAAUUUGAAUGAACGUAACACUGUACCCAGCAACUGUAAACAACUUGCAGGCUUCUCAUUCUAGUGCCUACUGAAAGCUAUUACCUUCUGGAAGAGUUUAGUUGCAAUUCAUAAUUCAAGAAAAAUUUAGACUGAAGUUUGUUGUUUCUAAUCAUGAGAAAUAUUUCUGUAAUUGAAAUACUGUUUUUGGAAAUUGUCAAAGGGAAUCUCUCUAGGGGGGAGGGAAGCACUGUUCCCUUAAACAAAAUAGAAUGCCUAAUAUUGCAUUCAAUAAAGGUUUAUUUUGUUCGAAUGUGCCUUAAAAUUUUUAAGAUGUUAACACCUUGAUGUGUUGUCAUGCCUAUUUUUCUUCAGUGAAAAAAAUCCCAAAACCACAAAAGCAACCCAAGCGACCCUCAAAGAACCAAAACCCCAGAGCCUUGUGAGCUGUAUUUCAGUUCAGCACUGAAUUCCAGCACUCAGUUGUAUUGGAAUAUACAUGAAAUAAAAACCCCAACCCAACAACAUCCCCCCUCUCACACAUGCUUUCCUCUAAAGGAAGAAUUAUGUCAACUUAACUUUUCAAAGGCAGGUGAGCAUCAAACAAUGCCAUUUGCAAAUUGGAAAAAACACCGAGAAUUGUGAAAAUCACCAAAUCACACUUCUAGCAUAAAGCUCUCGGUGUAUGUGGCACUAUGUGGAUAUAUUGAGACAUUCCUCCCUGAUGAACAGGGUGCACCCUGCCCUUCAGGUUACUUUCAGACCAUUCUUAAUACCGCACAAAGUAAGGCACACAAGUAAUUCAAGUUUGUGUUAACAAAUGACUAACUGAAAAAAAAUGUGUCAAGAGAAAAAUAAACAAUAAAACCUCCAGCAAGAAAAUAAAUGCUUUAAAAAAUCCAAGAAGUCCUGGAUCAUGUGUAGCAGUAAUAUAAAGGACAGCUGUCCAUAAUGGUCCUAGGUAACCUGGUACCCCUUCUUUCCCUCUUGUCAGACAGACUGCUAUGAAUUGUUGCCUAAGAUUGUAUUUUAUCUGUUCUGAAAGGAAUCUUGUGAGGGUAUUCAACGCAACUGCCUGCGCUUUUUUCCCCCCUUCCUUGCAUCAGAACUGAAUUUUUCUCAUUCCUUUCAGCAACUUCACACCUUUUCUAAUUUCAUGGUUUCAUUUGCUGCAGACAUGCCCGUAGCAGCCCUUAAUACCCUUCAAAUCCCCUUGCCAGUUCUCCAAGGAGGCUUUGGUUUUCUUGAUUCCAUCCCUUCAUGCCAAGACAGUGGCUCUGUAUUCCUUCCAGGUCACUUGCCACUGUUUCCACCUUGCGUGUUCCUUUUUAUGACUUUAGUCAGGAGCUGGUUGUUCAUUCUUGUCAGCUUCCUGCCACCUUUGCUUGAUUUCCCACACAUUAGAAUUGGAGAAAGUGAUCACUGGAAAUUAACCAACUGCCUUGGACCCUUCUCUCUAGGACUGUCUGCCUUAGCUUUCCUCUCAUGUUGAUGCCUGAACUGCCCAGAUCUACUUUUCUGAUAUAAAGGGUUAUGAUCCUGCUACUUCUUUGAAGGCAAAAUAGUAUUUGGUUACACUUCUUGGUCUACUGCUGAGGUAAAAAUACUGUCUCUAUACUUAAUGGUGCUUUUUUGUUGAAUCCAACCUGUCUUAGUGGGGUAGGCUCCGUAGGCUCUUUGGGACUCAGGGUCAUCUUUUUGAUCUGCUUUUGUUAAAGAUAUGUCCUAAUCCUCACAUGUCCCUCAGUUUGCAUCACUGCAUUUGAUGUGUAGGAUUCACAUCUAGCUCUGCAUCCACUAGUGCAGAAACUGCAUGAGCAGUAGCUGGAAAUUUGUGCAGCUAGAAGAAUGUGUUUCUAUUGCUGAAUUCCAUGUUUACAGUGCACAGUAAAUCCAAGAGGGAGGAAAAAAUGUAAAGGGAACUUUAAAUACAUAUUGGGGCUGCUAUGCCAGUAUUUUUAAGCAUAUUUGAGAAAUUAUGGAUGUGGUGCUUCAUGUUUUGCAAAUUGUGAUGUCCACAUAGUGUAUCAUUGUGGUAGAUUAUGUAUACAGUAACUUCAUAAAUCUUUCUGUAUCUCUGGGAAAGUUUUGAUAGAUAUCAUACUUGGGCCACGCAAAUUUAUCUUCUUUGAGGAAAAAGGAAAAAGC